UUCGGUGGCUGCGAGGAAACUUUGCCCCCGGCCCCCGGCCGCCGGCCGCCCGGAGCCCUGCCCCCAGCCUCGCCUCCUCCUCCUCCGCCCCCCCUUUGUGUGCCCCGCCCCGGAGGCGGCGGCGGCGGCGGCGGGCAGGCUGUACCACCUUCGUUCUACUCCAUCCUGGUUCCUGGAAGAGAGACCCCACCCCCGCUGAGAAGCUCUCCCCCUCCCUCCCCGUCCAUGCUCCUCACCUGGUGGCCCAGCGCUGCCUCGGGGAGGGUGAAGGACAGCACCUAGGGCCAGAAUGCUACCAUCCCGGGAGGCUGCCGCCGCUCUCCUUCCCCAGAUCCCGGGCCCUGGCAAGUGGGAGAGUGGCCCUCGGCUGUGCCAGACCCCCUUUGGCCACCGAAGGUGAAAAGCAGUGGCGCUGGGAAAGGAGCCUGGUGGCCCAGGAGGCAGCGCGACCCGACGUCAGGUGCAGGGGCCCUUCCCUGAAGCGCUGGCAGCACAUCCUAUGCCCCCCGCCCUGGCAGUGCUAUGAGCCAGUUUCAGAUGCCAGUGCCCGUCCAGCAGGAGCCCCCGGGCCUUCCCAACUUCCCUCAGGGCAAGGUGAUGCCAGGGAGCUUCAGAGGGCCUGGGCUUCCCAGCGGGGUGGCAGGGAGCACAGAGCAGCAGCCUGGGGGGUGUGGCGAUGGCCGGAAAAAGCGCAAGCGGUGUGGGAUGUGUGAGCCCUGUCGGAGGCUGGAGAACUGUGGGGCCUGUACCAGCUGCACCAACCGGAGGACCCACCAGAUCUGCAAACUUCGCAAGUGUGAGCUGCUCAAGAAGAAGGCCGGCCUGCUCAGGGAGGUGGAGAUAAAGCCGGGCGAAGGGGCCGCCGCCGCUGCUGCUGCUGCUGCCGCUGCUGCCGCCGCCGCUGCCGAGCCGUGGGGACAAGCCACCGCCGUGGCAGUCAAGACAGGCUUGGAGGGAAGCCCAGUUGAUGGACCCGUCCCAGGCCGGAUGGACCCAGGGCCAGUGUACCAUGGGGAGGAACGGCGGCUAAACACUCCCAGGGCCCCUGUCAAUGGGGCCGGAGAACCGGCUGGGCCGGGACUACUGGGGGUUGGAGGAGUGUGGCAGGUAGACCAGAAGCCUGAUUGGGAGCCUUCCCCCAGCCCAGCUCAUGCUGCCCACCCAGAAGAUGCCCAUGACCUCGUGGCCUUCUCAGCAGUGGCUGAAGCCGUUUCUUCCUAUGGGGCCCUCAGCACCCGCCUCUAUGAGACCUUCAAUCGGGAGAUGAGCCGAGAGGGUGGCAGCAACCUCAGUGGCCCUCGACCUGGCCCUGAGAGCUACUCGGCAGGGAGAGAGGACCUGGAUGCCCUUCAGACAGCCCUGGCACUGGCCCGCCAUGGCUUGAAGCCACCCAACUGCAACUGUGAUGGGUCCGAGUGUCCCGACUACCUCUAUUGGCUGGAGGAAAAGAUCAAAUCUGUGGCUGUGGGAGGAGGGGAGGACCGGCCUCAGCCGCCUGAGUCUUUGCCUCCAAGUGAGGUGGGCCACCCCACAUCAGGUCCCCUCCACCCCGGUGAAGUGGGCCUUCCUGCUCCUGGGUCCCUCCAUCCUGGUGAAGUGGGUCUCCCCACAUCAGGUCCCCUCCACCCUGGUGAAGUGGGUCUCCCUGCUCCUGGGCCCCUCCAUCCUGGGGAAGUGGGCCUCCCCACAUCAGACCCCCUCCACCCUGGUGAUGUGGGUCUCCCUGCUCCUGGGCCUCUCCAUCCUGGGGAAGUGGGCCUCCCAGCCCUGGGUCCUGGGCCCCUUCUCAGCCCUGAUGCUCCCCAGCUGCACUCACCCAAUGGUCUGCCACUUUCAGAGAGUGCCCUAAACAUUGCGAAGGAGAAAAACAUCAGCCUGCAGACAGCCAUUGCCAUAGAAGCCCUCACCCAGCUCUCCUCCACUCUGCCCCAGCCAUCCCCCUGCCCACAGCCCAAGGCCUUAUCCCCGACUCCUCCUUUUCGACCUCCUCAGUCUUAUCGGACCUCCUCGUGGCCCGUGGGUCCACCUGAAGAGCCUCAGUCCUGUGCUUCUGAGAGUUCAGCCUUCCCUCCAGUAGCCCCCCGAACUGAGUUUCCUGAGGUCUGGGGCCCAGACACACCACCUGUGACACCUUGCACCUCCUGGCCAGUCCCCCGCACUGGCCCAGACCCCAUGGCUGAGCUGGAACAACUUCUGGGCAGCUCCAAUGAUUAUAUCCCGUCAUCUUUCAAACGGCCUGAGACUCUGCCCGCCAAGCCCAAAAUCAAGGUUGAGCCCCGCUCCCCGCCUGUGCCCAGUGCCCGGAAGGAGGCACCCACUCCGACCUCAGAUCUCGACACCCACCGAAAGGUCCAGUCAACCCUCCAACAGCAUCUCCAUCACAAGCGCAGCCUAUUCCUAGAGCAGAAACAGGGCAGUAUCUGCCCAAGGGCUUCCUCCGUUCCGCCCCCUGCCCGGGGCUGGUGGGCCCCUCCGAUUCCCGGGUCCCCUCGGCCCUCAGACAAGCCAGUCAAGGAGAAGAAGAAGAAACAGCUGUCAGCAGUUGGUGGCCUGGUGGGGGGUGAGAAACGUACCCUUGGGCUCAAGACAGUCACCCGGAAGAUAGUGCAAAUUAAGAAGCCCAAGGUGCGGGAUUCCCACCCUCGCUUCAUGCCCCUACGCCAGAUCAGCCUGGAAGUGUUGAAAAGCCCUGCUCCUGGGGACCCAAAGGCAGGCACCACUCCUCCUCUGUCCACCUGCAGGGGCAUCUCCAUGCCCCCAGUCCCAGUCCCUCCCCAUGCAUUAUUUGCACCAGGUCCCUCUGGGGGCAGCCUUUUGCCCCCUACUCAGGAAAUGGCUUGUCCCAGCCUUGCUGCCGCCCUGCAGUCUAGCCCUGCGACUGUCCCUCUAGUCCCGGCCGAUGACAAGCUGGAGGAGCUCUUCCAGCAGUUUGAAGCAGAGUUUGGGGACAACUUUGGCCUUGCAGCUGCCCCUCCAGCCCCUGCCUGCUCCCCUGAGCACCUGGCAUCCUGUGUCCUACGCCCUGAGAGCCCAUUUCCUGGACGUUCCCGAAAACAGAUGAAGAUAGAGGCUUCUGGGUCUGUUGCUGUGAUUUCUACCACCUGCUUGGAGGUGGAGGAAACAGGCCUGGAGGCGACACCCACUAAACCAGACCUUCCAGCCACUCCCAACCUUCGGGGCUUCUUGGAGUCCCCACUCAAGUACCUGGACACCCCGACCAAGAACCUGCUGGACACCCCCUCCAAGAGAGCACAGGCUGAGUUCCCCGUCUGUGAGUGUGUGGAGCAAAUAGUGGAGAAGGACGAAGGUCCGUAUUACACCCACCUGGGGGCUGGGCCCUCUGUGGCGGCCAUCCGAGAGCUGAUGGAGGACCGCUACGGAGAGAAGGGGAAAGCCAUCCGAAUCGAGAAGGUUGUUUACACCGGGAAGGAAGGCAAGAGCUCUCGGGGCUGUCCCAUUGCCAAGUGGGUGUACCGGCGAUACACUGAGGAAGAGAAGCUGCUCUGCUUGGUUCGACAUCGCUCGGGGCACCGCUGUGAACAAGCCGUCAUCAUCAUUCUCAUUCUGGUCUGGGAGGGCAUCAGCUCAGAGCUGGGGGACACCCUGUACCGGGAGCUGACAGAGACCCUUCGCUGCUAUGGGAAUCCCACCACCCGGAGAUGCGGCCUCAAUGACGACCGGACCUGCGCGUGCCAGGGGAAAGACCCGUCCACCUGUGGUGCCUCCUUCUCCUUCGGCUGUUCCUGGAGCAUGUACUUCAAUGGCUGUAAAUACGCCCGGAGCAAGUUUCCUCGAAAGUUCCGCCUCACGGGGGACAAUCCUGAAGAGGAGGAAAAUCUCCGGAAACACUUCCAGAACCUGGCCACUCAGGUCGCCCCUCUGUACAAGAAGCUGGCCCCGCAGGCCUAUCAGAAUCAGGUGAAAGAUGAAGAAGAAGCCAUCGACUGUCGCUUGGGACUGAAGCCGGGUCGGCCCUUCUCAGGGGUCACAGCCUGCAUGGACUUCUGCGCUCAUGCCCACAAGGACCAGCACAACCUAUACAACGGCUGUACUGUGGUCUGCACGCUGACCAAGGAGGACAAUCGCUGUGUGGGCCAGAUCCCGGAGGACGAGCAGCUGCACGUCCUCCCCCUCUACAAGAUCGAUAGCACAGAUGAGUUUGGCAGCGAGGAGAACCAGAGGGCGAAGAUGGCCAGUGGGGCCAUCCAGGUGCUAACCGCCUUCCCCCGAGAGGUCCGCAGGCUCCCCGAGCCGGCCAAGUCCUGCCGCCAGCGCCAGCUGGAAGCUCGGAAGGCGGCGGCUGAGAAGAAGAAGCUCCAGAAGGAGAAGCUGCUCACUCCAGAGAAGAUCAAGCAGGAGGCGCUAGACAUCCCCGAGCUGCUGCAGCCCGAUCCAGGUCUUUCUUUGAAGAAUGGGUUGUCCCAGCAAGCCCUGAAGCCUACCAUCAAGAUGGAGCCCCCCAAUCACUACAAUUCCUUCAAGUACAAUGGCAACUCGGUGGUGGAAAGCUACUCGGUGCUGGGCAGCUGCCGGCCCUCGGACCCCUACAGCGUGAACAGCGUCUACUCUUGCCACUCAUACUAUGCACAACCCAACCUGAGUCCUAUCAAUGGGUUCCACUCCAAGUUUGCUCUUCCAUCCUUUGGCUACUAUGGCUUCUCCCCCGGCAGCUCCGUCUUCUCCUCACAGUUCCUCAACUACGGUGCCAACGGCCGAGGCCCGGGCAGCUGGGGAGGCCCCAUCGGGGUUUUUGAUAAGAAGCCGGAUCUCCAGGCCUUGCAGAGCAGCCUGACCCAGGCAUAUGGCGGCCCCGAGUUCUCUGAGCUGCCAGGUCAGGCCGUGGGCAACGACAGCCACCAUAUGUCUCACCACCAGCCUGCCUAUCCGGGCCCCAAGGAGUACCUGCUCCCCAAGGGCCACCGGACUCGCCCCACAGCCACAGACCCUCCCCCCUUUGCACAGAGCGGCCCCUGCUUUGGUCAAGUCAUCAAGCAGGAGCCGUGUGACCGCCUGCCCCAGGCCGAGCCCCUCCCAGGGGUCCCCGGGAGCAUGGGCAAGCCCCCCAUCCCCGAAGCCUCCCAGAAUGGGGCCAAGGAGCACCUGUGGGGGGGAGCCCACCCUGGCAGCCAGAGUGCUUCUCCAAAGAGGACUAACGGUGUGACCGGGGCCUGGGGCAUGUUUGCUCCCGGAGAGAGUCCUGUCCUCCCUGACAAACUGGGGCCUUUUGGUGCUAGCUGUCUGCCAGCGUCCCGUCUCUCCGAUAGCCAGUGGGGCCUGUUCCCCUCGGAAGGGGGGCAACCCCCCCAGCAGCCACCCCUGGGGCCUCCCAAUGGAGCCGGCCUGUUGAGCAAGGCUUGGAGCCCCUGCAAGUUUCGAGAGAGCACCCCCACCUUAAAUGGGCCCAGCCUGGCGGAGAAGCCGUGGGGCAUGGGGCCAGACUUCAGCCCUGCUCUCAAAGGAAGUUCCGGAUACCCAGAAAAGCUGUGGGGGCCUGUGAAAGGGGACGAGGGGAGGACUCCAACCCCCGCCGCCGGGGCCGGCCUGCCCGACAAAGCCUGGUCCUCUUUCGGCAUGGCCCUGGGCUCUGGCACCCUGAAGCCCGAAGAGAAGCUGUGGGACUCCUUGAACCUUGGGGAGGGGCCCGCCGAGGGGCCCUCGGACAAGAGGCCGGUGAAGGAGGAGGAGACGGGGGCCGGCGGCGGUGGGGGGGGUGGCGGCGGCAGCAGGGGCCCGGCCAUCGCAGAGGAGGAAGAUGAGGAGCUGUGGUCGGACAGCGAGCACAACUUCCUGGACGAGAACAUCGGCGGCGUGGCCGUGGCUCCCACGCACGGCUCCAUCCUGAUCGAGUGCGCCCGGCGGGAGCUGCACGCCACCACGCCCCUGAAGAAGCCCAACCGCUACCACCCCACCCGCAUCUCGCUGGUCUUCUACCAGCACAAGAAUCUCAACCAGCCCAACCACGGCCUGGCCCUCUGGGAGGCCAAGAUGAAGCAGCUGGCCGAGAGGGCCCGGGCCAGGGAGGAGGCGGCCCGGCUGGGUCUGAGCCAUCCCGAGGCCAAGCCCUAUGGGAAGAAGCGCAAGUGGGGCGGGACGGCCGCCCCUGAGCCCCAGCACGAGGAGAAGAAGAACCCGAUCCCCACCCGCCACGUGCCAGCCAUCACCACCGACUCAGUCGUCACCGUGUCCUCGUACGCCUACACCAAGGUGACGGGGCCCUACAGCCGCUGGAUCUGAAGCGGGGGGAGCCACCUUACCUCAGCGUCCAUGGCACCGGCCGGAGCCCGGGGCCACGUGUGGUGCUUCUCCCUUCACCCCUGGGCUGGAGAGCCAGGCUGGGCAGAAACGGCCGCCCGCCCGCCCGCCUAUGUGGAGAGCCGGCUGUGCCCGGCACCCCGAGCUCCCCCCUCCUCUCCUCUCCUCUCCUCUCUCCCUGGCACUUUGAUUGAGGAAGAGCCCGGCUGGGGAGGCGCCCGGCGGUCCCCUAUUUAUAUGCCGGGGCGGCGGGGCUCGGGCUUUCUUUUAAGCAUCUGUCCUGUAGCGGACAAGGACGCAAGCAGAGUUCGGAGCAUCCUUUCACAAAGGAGUGGUUUUUAAUCGCCAUUUAAAAUGUGUAUUUAUUGGAUUUUUUAAAAGAGGAACAAUGAUGACAAUACCCUAGCCGGCAAGAGAAGCCAGAAUCAAUGGCGGCAGCAGACGGCUUCUGCUCCGCCGGGAGGUCUCCCCGCCCCAGCGCUGACCACUCGUCUGUCCGCCUCUCCCCCAGCAAGCCCCAGAUCAGCGCCCGGGGCCAUCCGGGAGAGAUGCUGGGCCAAGCAGGCUGCAAGGAGCCUGCUAGUCUGCACACUGAAUAUUCCGUGUCCGUUAUUUAGCCAGUCACCGCCCUCCCCGCCCGCCCGCCCGCCAUGGGAGCUGGAGAAGGAUGCGCCCGCCCUCCGGAGGCAGCCGCGCAGCUACUGGACACGCAGGCUCGCUCGCUCGCUCGCUCGCAGGCACGGACUUGGGGCUGAAGGAAUGGGCGCACCGAAGGGCAGUUCAGUUCUCCCGAUCCCACCAAUAAGAACCCCUCCCCCUCACGAUCUAUGCUAAUCUGGAAAAGGGCUACUGUAUCUUUAAAAGGCAAACAAACUGUGAAUAGUUGCUCUGUGUAUAUCACUGUUGCAAAGUCUGGUGCUGUCUAGGAUUUUGCUUUUGACUCUCCGUUGUUGGCGGCGGGCAGGCGGCGAGAGCCGGCAAACCGGAAUCACAAAAAGCAACUGGGAGAUGCUCACUUCCGGCUUUUCCCUGGGACCUCCAAGGUGCAUCCUCGACCCACCUGCGCGGAAGAGCGGCCUUCCUUCCAGAUGCAAAUUCAACUGGUUGCUACUUUAAGGUUUCUUUUCCAGCUGGUGCCAUCUCCCUCACUCCUCCCUCCUCGUCCUCCGCCCCCCACCCAGCCCUCCUUCACUUUCCCCUUUCAAACUGGUGCAUUCAAACAGCUCAUUGAUACGAAGUUUCCCUUGUCCUUUGGAAACAAUAGGUGCUUACUUUCUUUGCCACUUUGUUGGAGAGCCUGCGGAGAUCUGGGACCACCCAGACUCCUGGGGGCGGGGCGGGGCGGGGCGGGGCGGGGCGGGAAUCCUGUGGUAUUAGCUGACCUGGCCGCCUGCUGGCCCUUGCUUGCCCCCCUCCACGCCCUGCCCUUCCCCAGGCAGGCAGCGCCGCGGGUGACCCCCGACUGGGCCCUAAGAGAGUGCGGGGUGGCGGCGGCAGCAGCGGGUGACUGGACGAAAGCAGAUGGAUCCCGCAGGACUAGGUGCCUUUCGGAGAGCCGAGGACUGAAUCCCAUGAUCCUUUGUUUACUGUAACGUGGUCCCUGGAGCCCUGGCAGAGAGCAGCGACCCUCCAUCCCUCCUUCCCUGCCUCCCUGCCUCUCUCCCUCCCUCCCUCCCUCCCGAGGGAGCUUUGGUGCAGUCUGAUUUUAACUGUAAAUAGUGAAAGAUUUUUUAAGCACUUUCACCUAGAUUGAACUAGCACCAGUCGCUGAGAGCAGCAGCAGCAGCAGCAGCAGCAGCAACAGCAGCAGCAGCAGCAGCAGCAGCAGCAGCCACCACCUCCACAGCGGGAGCCCUGUAAAUAGUAGCUGUGUAUUUAACGUGCUUUUCGUCCACCUUUUCGUUUUGAAAGAAACCAUAAUCCCUAACGAUUCUUUUUCCAGGAGAAGAAUGAGUGCUUUUGAAAUCAAUAGCCAACAAGAGCCUGUCAGGAUUGAGGAGGGUUCCAGACUCCCAGUCAUAGGAAAUCCUGGGCACUGCCCUCCCGGUGGGUGCCUUUCAGGGCUUGGCCACCGCUGAGCAUGCUAAUUGUCGAAUUUGGAGGAACUAGUUGGGGCCCAGGAGGCCUUUGAUGCUGCAUCAGCAGUCUCCUUAUGCAGGUCUCGGUCAACUCUGGACUUAGGUAGACAGACGCAGGGGUGCCUUGAAAACUUCAUUUUCCAAUCUCUCCGAGAGCAACGCUUUGAGAAUGUAACCUUUGACCAUCCGGGCCGGGGGGCUGCGCUCUGAGAAAUGGCAUAUGUGACUUCCUUUCCCUGAUGCGCUUCUUCUUUGGCGAGCCUGAGGAGAAGCUCAUCCAGCCCAUUGCAUGUGUCUUUUCUAGCCCAGCCCCCCAGCCCAACAACCUUUGCUUUCUAACUUUUAGACUAGAACACAGGCUGUUCAGAAAAGAGAAAAAAAGGGGCGGCCUCCACAGGACGGCUCCAUCCCAGAUAAAAACGGUGUUUUGAUGGAAACGAUAGUACUUUUGCAAUGUUCAAAACCGUGCUGUUUUUUACACACUACAUAUAUAACCUACCUCAAAUCUCAGUCAUUAAAAAUUAGCAUGCUUUAGACUUAUAUUAAAAAGAAAAAAACUAUGCACAGCUAUUUACCCCACCCUUGCUGCUGAAGGUUUCUUAAAGAGAAAAAUCAAUUUUGUUUUAUUUUUUACUGGCGCCAUCAUUUUCGUAAGCUCCAAAAAUGAUUAACCAACAUCUUGAUCAUGAGAAAGAAAAAUGAAAGCCAUUGCAUCUAAAGAACCUUAACAGCAGGACCCAGUUUUGCUCCAAAUUCACCUAGUAAGAACAGCCGAUUCAGGGUGUCUUUCUCCUUGGAUCUUUCCCCUUGGUUUUGUCUCCAAACGCCAUCCAUCCGUACUCAGUGCAGAGUUAAGGUUCAAUAGUCAAAGGAUGGACUUGCCCAAAACUGUGCUGCAGGUUUGGGGUGGGGUGGGGGUCAUGUGGAGAGGGAUCAUUGUUUGCAGCAGGUUAUCAUAAUAAUUGGUGCUAGAGCCUUGAACCACUGUCUGACCAUUGGACAUUUUAAUUAAGCUAUUUCAUGGGGUUUGUUUUUCACUGUCUUUCCCCACACACACACCCUUUCUGCAGAACCCAAGGUUCCUAGAUUCUAGUUCCCCCUCUUCUGCUUUGCCUUCUUCCUGAGACUACAGUGGUGAGGAUGGACACAGAUGUUCCCCCACUCUCAAGCAGGCCCUCUUUGUGGCCAUUCCUGUAUGUUGUGGGAUCAGAGAGUCCCAGAACUGGAAGAUUCCUCUUCUAUACCACACCCCAUGCUGCCCCCCCCCAAAAAAAGGGAAAAAAAGGACCAAAUCUUAAUUGCACUGCAUGUGUUCUACCAAGCAGAGGAAGGUGUACAGAGAGCAGAGGAGGGUAAACACAGUUCACUGAGAGAAAUUCAUGGAGCAAAAACAAAUUCUUUUCAAGUUUAUCACCACCACCACCACCACCACCACCACCACCACCACCACGGUAACCCCAAACUAAGGCAUUGCAGAAGGAGAGCUAAAUCCGCACACACAAACACACAGAUCCCUGAUGUGCCUCAAUCGCUAUCUCUUCCCUUUUAUUACUGAAGUAUGCUCUAUGGACUAGGAAGCAUAUUUUUAUGAAUUGAAAUAUUCUAAAUAAAAUGGUGCUAUGGUGUUUUAACAUAAUUGUCUCCCUAUCCGGUUUUGCUGAGGUGCUAUGUAACCUAUAUGGAACCACAUACCAAACAAGAGACGAGGGGGCCUCCCUGCCCCGUUGGCUUUCUUCUCCUUGUGGUGCUAUCUCUUGGGACCUCCGCUUUGAAUGAAUGAAUGAAUCUGGACUGGAUAGUUUCCGAUUGUCGCUUCCUUCCCCUCAGUGUGAAGUGGGUGCUGAGCUCUGCCCUCACUUCCCUUGCUGGUGAUGGAAACCUACUUUGUGCAGGAAGGGCUGGCCAACCUAGAGUCUCCCAUUGUGUCUCUGGGUUCCAAAAGUCUUCCGCCAGGUUCUAGUUACAAGAAAGCUGGAAAGUGCUCCCUUUGGGAAGAGGAAGGGGAAGAACCCCCUCCUCUUCCUCGAACUGAGCAGUCUUUUCUUCAUCUAUCUGGCCACCCUCCCACUGCAAGGGUAAAUUUCUCAGGGAGGCCUGGGGGGAACCAAUGGAACACCUUCCCUUCCUUGCAGGAGCUCAUCCCAGUUGAAAGGCAGGAAGAAAUAUUGAGUUGCUCUUCCCACCCUUCCCCCUACGCCCCACCCUGCUCACUCCUCGGGGUCCAUGGUCGCUUCUACCUGAAAAUAACGUUUUCAGUUGAAGUAGGUGCCUCCCUUGGCUUCUGUGAUGACGAUGACGACGACAAGUGGUCCACUUUGGCUAAUAACGAUGUUUCCUUUAGAUCAACAUUUAGGAAGAGAGAGAAUGGCGGUUCCGGGCUGCUUUUCAACUCCUGUGUCAUAUGUUGGUGCUACUUUGAUUUUCUCUUGGGUUCUAGGGAGUUGACAUUUUGAAACCGACCAGAAAGCUAGGCUUUGCGUUGGCCCUUGCUAUCGUCAUGAUACCUAAGAAAAAUACCUCAAAAGCUAGACUAUCUUGACGAUGGAGGUGGCUAGAAUCCGCAAGAAGUGUCUCCAGACUAGGAAAUAAAUGCAUUUUGUUCUUUUGACACUGUACUCACUGGGAAGAGUGUGGGAGGAGCCUUUUCGCCAUGAUUCUUUGGCCGGGUGCUUAAUUUGGAGUAGGGGGAGUCAGUUCUUGCUCCCAGCAAUUUCUCCAGUGAGCUUUCUUGACUGGUGAUUUCCAGGCAUUCUGAAUGGAACUUUGAAACCAGUCCAACUCAGCUAGUCACUCCUCCCCUGCCCCCCCCCCCAUUCUAUGAGUCCUCACCCACCCACCUACCUACCCACCCACUCAUCCCCAUGCCCAAGAAUAGGUUUUUUGGAGGGGAGCUUAUCACUGUAAAUUGGAAGAGGGAAUGGAUUUUAGGUUUGAAGGUGGGGAGCAUAAAGGGGUUAGCUAUGUGGUAACAAUGAUAGAGAAGACUCCCCCCCCCCCGCCCCAUUUUAGGUUUCUCCUUGCCUUCCACCCCCAGCCAAGAGUUUCCAUAGGUAGAAGAAACAGUAAAGUCCAAACAAUAGGCAUUUCUUUCCCCUUAAACAGACUGUCCAAUAGAGAUCCCGAGCUUCCCAUCUGGGAACAAUUUGGCCCACUUUCUCUCUCAUGUCUUUCUCUUCUGAUAUCAGGGAUGCUUUUCAAUAGUGGUUUUCAGAUUUGGGGCCAUUUUUUUUCCUCAUUCUUCCAUCAUUCAGGGAUAACUCACCAUUCUUCACACAGAAAUCUAACAGAAAAGGCAAGAAAUAUCAUUUCGUUGGUUUCUGCUUUGAAAACCUUUUGGGUUCAGGUUUUGGGGGUCUUUGCUUUGCCUCUAUCGGGCUCCCCUUUGGGGGAUGAGAGGUGCUAAUGCCAUUUCUUUUUCAUGACUUUGUCAAAUCAAAAUGAGACCAGGUUGGACUGUGGCAUAUUGGUGUGGUAGCGUGGUCUUGAGCUGGAGCUCCUUGGUGAAUUUCAUUUUCUCUCUCUUUGACUUCCUGUUUGGUUACCGGCUUCCCAUGGAGGUGACCUUCCCGACCAUACUUGAAGAUUCCGUCUAGACUCUGUGACCGUGGUUACUUGAAAUGAAGUUUAUCUGGGGUUGAUUGAUGAAUGGUAGAGUUUGCAAUGUCUCAAGGCAAUAGGAUGUGUAUUAUUAAACUGUAGAUAUUAUUAGUACAGUAAAUUUAUGCUGAUAAUUUUAUUUUGUAUAAUUUUUAUCUUUUUUUUGGUUAAUAUUUUUCCUCCCCCCCUGUUUUUUUAUCCCCUACUUGACCUUGUUCUCUCCCCCCUCCCCUCCCAUAAAAGCCUUCCCCUUUCCCAUCUACCCCUCUUCAGUGUUUCAGUAAAUUUAUUUUUCAGGUGCCUAAAUAUUGCAAGUAUGAAUCUUUUUUUUAUUUGUAUUUUAUGAUUUACACAAACAGCUGGUUUGUGAACUGUAUUACUCCUGAUAUCUUUAAAAUAUUGUGGGUGUUUUAAUAAAUUUUAUAUUUAUUUUUUGCACUCAAA